CACAUAUUUUGUCCCCUCAACGGCAUUUCCGAGUAGAAAGUAAACCUUCCUUCUGAACGGAACCGCUCCAUUAAACUGGGAUAAACCGGGCCAGGAAGCAAAUGAUCCAAAGGGAAAGACCAAUUAGCUGAUCAAGCUCAGAAUCUCUGCAUCGACCCCACCCUUUCCCUUUUUCUUUCUUUAUUUCCUCUCUCUCUUUCUCCAUCCUUUACUGUAGUAUAGCCCUUCCCUGCUCCACUGAUCCCACCCUCUCCCACAUACACACACACACAAACCCCUCUAACCCCACAAACAUGCUGGCAGUCUCGCGUACACUCACUCUCUCAGCUCAGCCUCUGUCUGAUUGAGUACCUUUUCAUUCUUGGACACUCAGCAACAGUCUCUCUCCAUCUCACACACAUACACACACACUUACACACCCUCUGGAAGGAAUCCUGCAGUUUGCGGCUGCAGUUCUCUGGACAUGCCGGAACGUCUGCUCUGAGGUGGGAGAUGGGCUUGAGAGCUUGUGUUGUCCCCUCAAUCAGAUCACGAGGACGAGGGGUUUCCGUGUGGAUACGUAUCCAGAGACUCUAUACUUAGCACAGACGGAGCUGGACAAGCCAGAAAAAGGAGAAGGAAAAGGACAGUCUCGUCCCCAGGAGGACAAGCACCAGAAGUGGAAAGGACAAGAAACAAACAGACUCCAGCAGACAUUCAGCUAUGCAUUCCUCCACCCUUUUAUUUGUCCUCACUGGGGUGCUCCUGUACUUAGUGAUGGGGGCUUUGGUGUUCAAUGCCCUGGAGGCCCCGCAUGAGGAAAGCCACCAUGUCCAGUUGCAAACCACCCGUCAAGAGUUUCUGGGCAACUACACAUGUGUAGAUCCUGAGCGCCUAGAGAACCUGAUAGUGAUUGUGGCAAAGGCUAUCAGUGUUGGAAUUGACCCCAACAAUUCCACCAAUGCCACAUUCAGCACCAGUUGGGACCUGGCCAGCGCUUUUUUCUUCUGUGGCACCAUUAUCACCACCAUCGGUUAUGGGAACAUCUCUCCAAAGACAACGUGGGGUCAGUUCUUCUGUAUCUGGUAUACACUGGUGGGCAUUCCCUUGUUUGGAUUUCUGUUGGGUGCCGCUGGAGACCAUCUGGGGACGUCGCUGAGGAAUGCCAUUGCUAAAGUUGAAGCUCUUUUAUGGAAGUGGAAGGUGAGCCCAACCAUUGUGCGUGUCAUCACCGCUUUGCUCUCUAUCCUGCUGGGCUGUGUUCUCUUCAUCUUUGUGCCAAUUUUAGUCUUCCAGAAGGUUGAAGAUUGGUCUCUGCUAGAAUCAGCCUACUUUGUGGUCAUCACCCUCACAACAGUGGGCUUUGGAGACUAUGUUGCAGGUGAUGGCGAAGCAGGUGAACAUCACUGGUACAAGCCUCUGGUGUGGUUCUGGGUAUUGUUUGGUUUGGCCUACUUUGUGUCCAUUCUUUCCAUGAUUGGGAACUGGAUUCUGGUUCUUACCAAAAAAACCCGAGCUGAGCCUUUCCAUUUCUCCUGCCCUACUUUCUGCUCUCAGAUGGAAGAGUUAAGAGCACACGCCUCAGACUGGACUCAGAACAUCCAGAACAUGUCUGUGGAUUUCCGUAUUCCCGGAAAACUCGAAGAUCCUUUCAAGCGCAGCAGGCGAAAGCGGCGUCACAGGCGCCACAGACGCAGUGACAGUCAGGGUGGAGCCGGAGAGGACGGGAGAGAUGAGAACGAAUCAGAAUCUGGCUCCUACUCGGGUUCAUCGGAUGAGUCGGAAGGCAGCUCUGAGUCAGAAUCGGAGGUGACCGAGACGGAACGGGUCCCAGGGGGAGAGGGCAGUGGCAGAGGAAAAGAAUUAGAGAAAGAGGAUAAGCUCCAAGACUCGCCCAAAGAUCCCGCCAUCUCUCAGCCAUUGGAUUACUUUGGGGAAAAUCUUGCGUAUAUUGACGAGUCCUCAGAUGCAGUGAGUGGGAAGAUUCACCUGGACCCCCUGCUGGAUGUACCAGAAACGAACCCAGCUUCUAAAGAUAGGCCCAAAAGGAGACGUCAAAGGAGACACUUGAGAAGGGAUCAACAGAAACCCAAGACCCCUAAAACCAGUCCAAAUGAACCAGAGAUUAAAGCGCCUAAUGGAGACAUUCGGCAGAAUGACCCUCCUGCACCAAAGCUGUGAGCGUCCAGGUAAUUAUGGGGUUUGUAGUUCCUCAAAAAAGACCCAGUCCUCCUCUUUGGAAUAAAGUUUUGCAAUUGCUAGCUUUAGGAUAUGCUGUGCUCCAUUGUGAAGGCACUUGCUGUUAUUCUCAGAUUUUACUGGGACAAAAAAAUAAACUGUCCAUGUGUGUAAAAUGAGAAGAGGAGAAGAAGAAUCCGGUCUUGUCAAGUCUUGGACUCCUCAGCAUGAGUGAGAACUUUUAUUGGGUAAUCAGAUAGAAGCCUGAUGACUAUUUGUCAUUAUGUACAGGAAGGCCAUCGUGAUCAGACUCUUAGUGCCAUCUACUGGACGUUAACUGCAUAUGACUGACUCAUUUGUUUAUGGAUGCACUGACUGUCAAUGAAUGUUUUAUUCUGUGUGCCUUUCACUCCUUUCCUAACAUCAUAAUAAUAAAGGAAUGAUAGCUUGUUACUAAUGUUACUAAUCCAACUCAGCUGAGACUUACAGCUUGAGUUCAUCAAACUGUAAUCUUUUUCUAUUACUGAUAAAUAACAUUAAUCUACAGAAGCCUGUUUCUGCCUCAAGUAAAAAAAGAGGUAAUUUGGACUUUAUUUCUCAUAACUGUAUAAUUUUAUAUAUUACACACAGCACUUUAUAUCUUACAAUGUGACUUUUUCUACUUUGUAAUUGCGACUUUAUUUCUGUCACACUUGUUCAGUUGUGUUUAGUUUUCAUGGACUAUUGUUUGUUUUCAUUCAUCACAUGUAUUCCUUUAUUUAAAUUUUCCCGCCACUCAUCAGUUUCCAUGGACACUAAUCAUCAUCACAGCUGUUCGUCUUUAGCUAAUCACAUGUGUAUAUUAGUUCCUUAACUUCACUCAGUGUUUGUCCGGUCUCAUUUACGUCAGCACUUGUCUGUACUACCCGUUGGAUGUUUAUUAAACUCUGCAUUUUGAACUUA